UUAGCCACAAACGUUGCCCAUGUGUUGGGUGUGGCGCUGAUCCAGGUUAAGGUGAUGGUGGAAUCCGACCAAAAGAAAGAUUCUGCAACGUUGGUCCCCAUCGCCUUCUUUACUCGGUGAUGCAGGUGUGCUCCUAAUACCGCAGCGCAUGGUUCAAGGCGGGGUAGUGUGACGCGCUUGAGCGGUGCCACACGCGAUUUGGAAGAAAGCAACGUUAUGCGAAUCUGCCCACCUUCGCCUUCACAACGCGCAUAAAUGCAGGCUCCAUAUGCUGCCUCCGAUGCAUCACAGAAGAUAGUAUCUGGAACAUACUCGUCCCAACCAGCUUUCUGCAACCAUAAUUCCUGCAUCAUCAUCUUGGCCCGAAUGACAAUCGGGGAGAUCAGGCCCAGCGGAUCGAACAUGCGAGCUACGUUGGAUAGAAUGGAUCGCUUUGUCGGAAUGGACACAUCACUGGAUAUUGCGGAUUCGAAGGAUAAAACGUCAUGCUCUGGCUCCCAUGAAACACCAAGAGCCUUUACCGUCUCGUGUGGUAAGAAUUGCCGCGCUGACUGUGUGCCGAUUUGAUCCGCAUUUAAACCGGCGAGCACCUCGAGCUGAUUGGAUGUCCACUUUCGCAGCUCGAAGCCGCCUUUGGCGAGCAAUUGAGAAAGCUCGAUUCGCAACUGGCGAGCAUUUCCGAUGGAAUCAGCACCACCGAUGAAAUCGUCAACGUAGAAGUUAGCUUUCAAAGCAGCUGCAGCAUUGGGACAAGAGGCGCCCUCAUCGUUUGCCAGCUGCAGCAAUGUUCUGGUUGCCAAGAAUGAUGAGGGGGCUAAGCCAUAAGUAACCGUAUUCAGCUCAAAAUAUUCGAUUGGCGAGUGAGGCGAAAAUCGAAAGCAAAUGCGUACAAAUUUCCGGUCGUUAGGAUGGAGCAAUACUUGUCGAUACAUUUUCGCAAUAUCUCCAACAACGGCUACCUUAUAUGUGCGGAAGCGCAAAAUUAUGUCGAGCAGAUCGUCCUGCACGACAGGGCCGACGCAUAACGCCUCGUUUAGCGAAAAGCCGGUGGACGUCUUAGCUGAACCAUCAAAUACCACGCGAACCUUUGUUGUGGAGC